AAAUAGCAGCCAAUUAAAUAUGAGUUGUCAGGCAGUUAUGAUUUGUCGCUUUUACUGACUCAUUGAAACAGUAGAAGUAAACUUUAGAGGCUUAGAUUUCACUUGUUUGCUUCAUCGUUAUCGUUUAAUAUCAUUUCAUACAUAUUUAGAAGUCAUAUAAGACAUCUUUAUAUCUAAAGAUGGACAAAACAAGCUUGAAACUUAUUUUCACACUAUAUGUCUUGGCUCUAGUGACAGGGUACAGUCCAAUGUCAGAAAAAUUGGAAGGACUGUUGUUGUCGUUGGAUAAACUUGUUUAUUACUAUGAACAACACAGCAGCGAAUUUAAUUUUGAUGGUAUAUUUGGCCUAAUACCUUUAAAAGGAGCCAUUGAAAGUAUUACUGAUGAAUCUCUGUAUGAAAACUAUGAAGAGGUCAAGUUGGCAUUGUUACCACUGACAAGGAAACUUAACAUGCAACUGUUGAGGAUAAACGCGAUCAUUAGAAAAAGUGUGAAAUUCUUUGAAAAGACAAGAGACCCCUACUUCAUGAAAAUGGGUAAACUUUUGGCACUGAAAUGGAAUUUUCCCAGUCGGAACAUUCUUUAUUCUUUUUCACCGAACUCAUUAGUCAUACCAAGCGUGCAAAAUAUUUCUAGUGAUGAUUGCAUUAUUCAGCUACUAAAUACCAACCAUCAUGGAACUCUUGAUUGUCAUCUUCCGAUGAAAUGUAUUCUGAAGCUCGUGAACUUUCACUCUCGUGGUUAUGAAUUGGCUCACCAAGUUCUAUACAUUCUAAUUUCACAUCAAGUUUAUUGUAUUGAUUCCCUGGAUGGUAUGCUAUCAAAUCUCUCGACCAGCGUGGAAGACUUGCAAAAUAAACUGUGUUCAAUUUUGUUUAGAGAUUUCGUUAAAUUGUUUCUGCGUGUGGAAAUGACCCCUCAAAAUCGAGAUAUUUUACUUGAAAAAAUGUUUGUGUGUGGAGGUCUCGGCUACGAAAAUUUUAUUCAGUUUUCUAUUCUGAGCAGAAUUUUAUCGUGGCAACAGCCUUCUGGAUGUUUUAUUUCUUCGGAUCCAGCAGGUGAAAAAAGCAAGCACAGAAAUACUAAAAUCAUGUUUCACGAACGCCAUCCCCUUGUUGAACGCAGACAUGCAGAUGGUUGUCUAUCACACAUGACCUCUGUGGCUGCAGCUGUGAUGGGUCUGUAUUUGAGAGCGUUUUUCAUCCCCACAGGGUACAUGGAUGGAUAUUCAACCGAUUCAAUGCCUAUUAUAUGGAAAGUGUUUUUGGUCAGAUCAUAUACUUCACUUCCAAAACUGAUAGAAGAUGAUGAUAAUCAAAGCGGAAUUUCAAAUCAAAAUAUAUUAAACUCAUUUUCAAAUCGAUUAAUACAUGUUAAAGGACCAAUAUAUUUACCAACCCGGAUCCCAUUUAGUUUAAGUUAUUCAACAAAUAUUCAAGAAAAACUGGACGAAAUGAAUCCAGAAUUUCUAUUUAUUAGUAUUUUGCUCUUAUGUUCUAUUUGUAUUUCUCUCUAUUUAUUAUUACGUAGUUUUAUAGUCUGCUGUGGAUUUUUCAACUCGUCUAAACCAACUUUAAAAGUAUAAGUAACAGAAAAGAAACUGUACUGUCAUUUAUCAUUUAUACUUCGUUCUUUUCAACUUACCAUUCGGUUAUUCUAAAUGAAAUUUUGUAAAAACGUUUAACUGUGAUAAAAAUUUAUCUUUUAAUAGAAAAAAGUAUUAUAAUUUUAUUCGUU